AUGGAAACGGCACAACAAGCCCCCGCGCCCGGCGCGCUGAGCUGGAAACUCAGCACCCACCCCAUAACACUGCUCACCUUUCUGUUCUUCCGCAUCUCUUCGCUCCUCGUGUACAUCCUCGGCCUGCGCCUCCUAACCUUCAACUUCGUCAUGAUCUUCAUCAUCACCAUCCUGCUGCUCGCCAUCGACUUCUACUACCUCAAGAACAUCGCCGGCCGCCGGCUGGUCGGGCUGCGCUGGUGGAACGAAGUCGACACGGCGACGGGCGAAGGGCGGUGGGUGUUUGAGUCUGCCGACCCAGAGACGAGGGAGGUGAAUGCGACGGAUAAGCGCUUCUUUUGGAUUGCGCUGUAUGCGCAGCCCGUGCUGUGGAUUCUGCUCGCGAUAUUGGCGCUGGUCAGUUUGGAGUUUAUUUGGCUGACGCUUGUUGUUAUUGCGCUUGUUCUUACGAUUACGAAUACGCUUGCGUUCUCGAGGUGCGAUAAGUUUAGCCAGGCGAGCGGCUUUGCGUCGAAUGCGAUAUAUGGAUCUGGCCUGGCGAGAAGUCUGGCUGGUGGUGUUAUCGGUGGUUUGUUCAGGCGAUGAUCAAGCGGAGAAGAUUGUACUGCGACAAAAGCGAGCGUUGGGCGCUGUAAGAGCAGGCAUGGCGCAUGGAGUUUCAGGGUCACAAAGCAUGAUUGAAAGAUAUCCUACGAGAUGGCGGUCAAGCUUGGUGUUAUAUUGAGCAUAUGUACGCUAAGUCGCUUCAUAUAUAUGCAAGGAUACGCCGGCUGUC